AUGGAGGAGCAGCGGGACCUGAAGAGCUCGGACCGGGUCCCCCCCUCACCCCCAGUCCUGGGCCUGCAGGUGGUCCAACAGAACCGAACCACCAACUUCUUCAUCGACAACAUCCUGAGGCCAGACUUUGGCUGCAGGAAGGACCCGGGUCCAGAUCCGGGUUUGGGUCUGCGGGAGCACAGUUCUGUCCCGAUCCUCAGACCGAACCUUCCUGGGACCCCGAACCUGGACCCGAACCUGGACUCUGGCUGCAGCAGCGACAGCACGUCUUCGUCCUCCUCCUCUUCAUCAAGUCCCAAGCAGAGCAGCAGAACCGGAACCGGACCCGCGGGGCCCGGAGGGCCCGGAACCCUCACCGACAGCGAUGGGGUCCAAACUGAGGACAGGACCGGAGGGGGGGACCGGGUCCGGAACGGGACCGGGACCAAGGCCCCGGACAGCCAGGCGCUGCUGUGGCCCGCCUGGGUCUACUGCACCCGGUACUCGGACCGGCCGUCAUCUGGUAAGACCAGAACCUCAGAACCUGGACCGGACCGGAACCAGCUGCUGGGUCCAAAACAUUUUGAUCUCACUGAAAAAUAA